UCCAAAUCGUCUUGGAGUGCGGAAAUGAGCAAGAAGAAAGUGUUGGUAGUGGGAGGCACAGGCUACUUGGGGCAACAUCUCUUGCAAGGAUUGUCUGAGAUCCAAGGAACUACCUCGUAUGACGUGGCUUUCACCUACAACUCCUUUCCUCCACAGCCCUUGCUCGAUGCCUUCCCCAGCUAUCUCGCUUUUCACGUUGAUUUGAAGACUGGACUCGGUUUCCAUUCCAUUUCACAACAAUUUGGCCAGCCUGAUGUGGUGGUGAACUGCGCUGCUCUCUCGGUGCCCCGCGCUUGCGAGAAGGACCCUGACGCUGCUACAUCCAUUAAUGUGCCUACUUCUCUUGUUAAUUGGCUGUCAAGCUUUACCCAAAAUGAAAAUACUCUUCUUAUUCAUCUCUCAACGGAUCAAGUGUAUGAAGGGGUGAAAUCUUUUUACAAGGAAGAAGAUGAAGCUCUUCCUGUUAAUUUUUAUGGAAAAUCAAAAGUUGCAGCUGAGCGGUUCAUCUCUGAGAAGUGGGGAAAUUUUGCUGUUUUGAGAAGUAGUAUUAUAUUUGGGCCACAAACUGUCUCACCUGUUCCAAAAUCUCUUCCAAUUCAGUGGAUUGAUGGUGUUCUUUCCAAAGGAGAUACGGUGGAGUUUUUUUAUGAUGAGUAUCGCUGCCCAGUGUAUGUAAAUGAUGUUGUGACUAUCAUCCUGACUUUGAUUGACAAAUGGUUAUCAGAGGGUAAGAAAAUGCAGUUGCUGCUAAAUGUUGGUGGACCAGACAGGGUGUCCCGCGUUCAAAUGGCUGAGGCUGUGGCACAAAUUAGAGGACAUGAUUCCUCAUUAAUUAAACCAGUAUCUGCAUCAUCUGUGGACCGUGGUGUCAUGUCUCCUGCUGACAUAUCUAUGGAUAUCGCCAAGCUGGUUCAGACGCUAAAAAUUUCUCCUACUCCAUUUAAAGAAGGUGUUAAAUUGAUACUUGCAUCUGAAGCAAGUUCGUGAUACUUGUGAAAUCUAAGAACACCGAAGAUGGCCUAAGAAUUGUCGAGGAAAACCGGGCCCUUUAAAAACUGGGCUUCGAGCCAUGGGCUUCUACAAUAUAGUAAACACACAAAGAGUUCCUCGAUAAACUAUAAUAAUAACCACCAAGAAGUGCCAAACCCUUCUCUUCCGCCACCGUCUCCAUUUGCGAACACAGCGAGCAAGCCUCACCUGAUCGUCGUUCUUGAUCUGCUAUUUCCCUAAGG